AUGCUGACGGAGCGUCUCGACAGCUCCCAAAACUUGACACUCAAGUCCACACUACUUUUCGGCUUCGUCGCUGCCAUGCUUGUUGAGGGUUUCCCUCCGCAGAAGAUGCAGUCGGAGCUUUAUGUGGAUGUGUUUAUUUUUCUUGUGCCCUGGGGCAUUUGCCUGCUCUUUCAGUCAAUGACCUUCGCGGUGCUUUACCAGCGUGGAAUGAUGACGGUGGGUCAGACCGCUGCAGGCGCAUUUGCCUUCUGCGGCUUUGGCCGCAGUUGCUGUUGGGGCGGCAGUCCGGCGUCGGGCUUGACGGAAGAGGCGAAGCUGGCCCUGUCCAUGAGGGAGGAGAUGGUGCAGGCGACCGUGGACGCCUCGUCCCCCGUGCCGCAGAGCUUCGACCAGGCCGUGAACUGGGCCUGCUCGGCUUUCUUGCGGGCGACCGCUGAGCGCCAGAUGCGCCAGAGCAUGUACUUCAACACUGGCACGAUUGACAACCAGGUCUCCGGUGAGCUUGGCAACGUCUUGCAAUUUGCAGAGAGGUUUGCAAAGACACUGGCCAUGUCCCCGAGACUACCUCAGGGGAAGGGGGUCCGUGUUCUGUUCACAGAUUUCGGCGCAAUGUCGCUAGUUUCCACACGAUGGAAUCCACUCCCGGAGAAUCUGACUCUGGAUCACUUGCCACCUGUCCUGCCAAAGAUGGAGUUGAAAAUGGAAGAAAAGACCAAGAUCGAGGAGUUCUUGGAAUCAUCAAUGCUUCUGAUUGUUGCACCCAAUCAGUCCGAAAUGGCAGCUGUCCUGGCAAUCUUCGAGAUCAUGAAGGAGACGGGCAAGACCAUUCCCGUCGUGCUCCUGAAUGCGAAGCUUUUGCAGGAUAGCGUUGCUGCAGCAGGAGUUAUGCUGCGCAACUUCCGGAGCAUGGAGGGUACACUGUUACCCAUCUUUCACUUGGAGCAGUUUGAGCCUGAUGAAGACAAAGAUCCCGUGCCCCUGAACCCGGCGGUCAUAGUCAGAGUGUGGCCUCGACCCUUCUCUGUCUGGGAGGAUAAUGCCGAGGACCCUGAGGCGAUUGAUGGCUACUUCCUGCUAGAUGUGAAUGACCAGCAGGAUUACCAAGACCUCAUGACGUUCCUGAAGGGCUCCAGAGAAAUGACAAAGCGCAUGCGGUUGAAGGAACGCCAGCAGAGGGAAGCCGGAGGAAAGCACCACCUGCGUGAGCUGCAGGUUCUUGUUUCGCAGCAGGCCGAGGAGGAGAAAGACGAAUGUGAGACCUUCUACGAAAUUGUGGGGGAGACGUGGCAGCGAAGCCGCAAGCACAUGGACGAGAAGCUUCAUUCGCACACAGGGGCCAAAGGUGCCCGACAGAUGGCCGGACUUGCGGUCUCAGCCGCCUGGGGUCUGGUGGCACGGAUUUUUGCUUUCUCGCCCAGCCAGUUUCCACGAGUAGGAGCCUCCUCUGUUGUCGAGUCAGACUCGGACAACGACUGGCAUAGCAUUUCAGAGCCAACUGGGAAGCUCGAGUCGAGUCCUUCACGGAUUGAGUUGGACUACUUGACCAUGGAGCUCCACGCCCAGGGCUCCAUGGGACGGGAGACGUCGGACCAAGCCAAGAGCGGUUCGGCCUCUCUCGCAGCGCGCGGGCUUCCCAAGCACGUCACGGAGAUGAGCAACAUGCCAGAGGUCCAGGCUUUGGAGCUCUACGAAGAUCAAGCUCAUCGCACCGUGGUCGGAGGCAGUUUCUUCACGCUCUUGUGCUUGGGUUUCCUGGUGGUUUUCCGGCUGCACAUGCGGUGCGAGCACUAUACAGACUAUACAGAUCAUGCCAUGGCAUUUUAUGCCCGUCUUGGCAUCUUUUUGCCACCGCUGCUGGUCGCGGCGUUUGCGAGCCUCAUUCGCCCGUACCCGGAGAAGCACCACAACUUCGGAAGAACGGGCAAAGACCUGUCCAGUCCGACCUACAUCAUGGCGGCCACCCAUUGCGCGGUUCUCCUGGCCGUCGCGAUUUCUUUGACGUCUUUGGCGGCGGCGGUGCGGCUCCAUGCGCCGCCGCCGCAGCUCUCGCUCAGGCCACUUCGGGCAUCACCGGUCACCUCCCUGGUGGAAUGGUCCGUCGAGUGGCCGAUGUUCUUCAAUCCUACGGCCAUUCUGGCUUUGGAGGAGGAUUCUCUCAUACUGACCACGGACUUUCGAGCGGCACGUUUUAGGGCUUUUGGCAAUUUGCGAAGUGCUUGUCUGGAUGUUGCAGACGUAACAGCAUUUCUCGAGAAUGUACAGGGUGGUCUGGCUAAGUUUGCAGAGAUGCAAUGGCCACGGCUCUCCUACCGGAGCAAAAAUCUGAUGAGACUCAUGGACACAGCUUCCUGGAUCGCAUGCGUUUUCCUGUUUUCAGAGGCAAUACACUCAGCAAACUGCUUCGGACCAUCCCACCCAAUUGCCACCCAGGAAGACUAUCCACACCGGAUCCGUGGUUUCACUCCCUUGGAUUCCAACGCAGUCGUGAAGUUUGCCUGCGGGCUCGGGGUUGCCGUGUACCAUGCAGAUGGUGGCUUGGCAGCUAUUUGGCCACUUGGUCAAGCCAAGCUCUUGCCGGAGGUAAGAGAGAGAGUCGAUGGACGACUGGUUAGUGUACCAGGGCCUCCGGAGCUGGGUUCGGAGUAUUUCACUCGUCCGAACAUGCGACCAGCCGACGGGUAUCAUGUGAAAUACGGACGUGGGGGCGACCUGCGGUGGAUAAUCACAUGCAAGGAUGGCAGCCUCAAUGGUCUGCAGCUGCGAUUCACGCCGGAGGGAGUUCUCCGGCCCCAGGACAGUGGCGUCUUCCAAGAUGGCAAGCUGGUGGAGCGCUUUCAAGAGAGCCUGCUGCCCGAUGGUUUCAUAUGUCACGUUCUCAGUGAGCUCGUGUUGCCUGUGAAGAAGGCCCUGGGUAUUGGGCUUUCGCCAUGUGAGGAAAGACUCUGCUACGAGAACUUCGUGGAUGUAGAUGAUAUUGCACCGGCAGAUCUCAACCAUCAUACCGACGAGCCUGAGUCCGUGAAGGUAGUAAGUGCCAAAACAGACGGAUACAGGGAGUGGUGGCGUCCGCAGGUCCAGCUUCGGGAUCCGGGCAAAGUAUACAAUUCUGUGGUCCCCUAUGAGUUCGCACCCUUGGGUCCGUCUGUCUCUAUGGAGGUCAGUCCCUUUCGUCCACCGGUCGCGGUCGCGAGGCAGGAAUGCGCAAACCGGACAUCCGCAGCGUGCCUCGAAGAAGAUGCAGACCUGAGAGACAUCUUCAGCUGCGAGAUGCAGAUCACGCUGCCAUCUUACAAGAUGCAGCCGCUGCCUGGCAUGGAGAUCAACGGCGCUGCAGCUGUGAACAACUCUGUGCUCCUGGCCGGACGUCACCAGCUGCAUCACUUCUCUGCUGGGCCGCUUGCCAGCUUCCCGUGGAGACAAGAGACCAGUGUUCACUUGGCUUUCGCUGGCAAUGACACCCCCGAUGCCAAGGCUGUGACUGGCCUCACGUACUGGGCCGAGAAGGAUCUGCUGUUGUUGGCGGGCCCGACACUGGGCGUCGUCGCUGCAAGGCUCUUCAACUCUGGUGGUCACGGGCCUAUGGAUGUAAGUUUGGACUUUCGUGUCCCUCUAGAUGAGGCGGUGUCGGCACUACAAGUCGAUGAGGCGAAGAAACUACUUUAUGCUCUUCUUCGCUCCGGAGAGUUGAUAGUCGUGGACCUUGCAGAGAAUCCAGGAGCGGUUCUUCAGCGACACAGGCUCCCACGAGCAGAUGCUGACAUUUACAAGGACUCGCAGGAUCUGCAGGUGUUUCGGGUGCUCCGAACGACUCCAACUUGA